AUGGGAUUCUUCAUCAAAACUUUGCAUUUUUAUCUCAUCAUUCUCUUUUGUGGUGGAAAUGAGCAAUUUCAGCAUUCAGACAAUAAGAGUCUUCUGUCUAAAUCCUCUCCAAGUCCUUCUUUGUUACCUGAAUCUCAAAUUCCAAAAGGCCUCAACUUUUUACAUAAUGUAAUGGCAAAGUCUACAAAAAAGAAAGUACGUCUCAAUAUACGUAAUAUUUUAAAUAAGCAACACAAUGAUAGUUUCCAAGUUGAUCCAACAAUUGUUUUAUCUAAUAGCCAACCACAGUAUACGUCAUCUCAUAAAGUCUCACAAACUGAUGAAAUAAUUAAUGUCUCAUUGACUAGUCAAUCUCUAAGGGGCAUGACAUUGUCUCCUAUGCCACCCAAGAAGCAGCAAAAAGCUCUCAAAUCAGUGUUAAAGUGGAAUGUUCUUGGUGAUGAACAAAACAAUGCAAAGGGAAUAAGAUUUCCAUACUCAACAUUACUCAUUAGUGCAGGCUGUGGAAUCCCAGCAAAUGGCACAUUUGAUCUAUCAAACAGGAAUCUAACUGAGAAUGAAUUGAGGGGGAAAAUGGAUCCCAUUUUCUGCAAAGCUACACUGGACCAAAUUAAAAAGUUUAAUGCAAGUUUCAACAAACUGGAGAUCGAUAUUGCAAUCUUGAUUCCAUUAUUCCUUGAAAUGAAGAGUGUGUAUUUAAUUGAUGUGAGUUAUAACAAAAUAUUUAUAAAUACCACAUCUGCAAAAGAGAAUCAUAAUCUGGAGCACAACAAUCUUCUGUAUUUAAAUCUCAGUCACAAUCCUCUUAAAACUCUGACAAACCUCACCCUACCAAGAGGUCUCAAGAGCAUUGAUUUAUCUUUUACACAAAUUAACCAAAUACCAAAAGAAUUUGUUGCAAUGUUUUCUCAAAUAGAAGAGGUAUUUCUUCAGGGGAAUCAAUUUACAUACAACACUGAAGUGGUUACAUCUAACUUUAAUCCUGUACAUAAAAUAAAAAAUGAUGAAGUUUUCUUUCAUAGAUCCCCUCACAUUGAAAGAUUAUUAGAGGAAGAAACACAUCAAAUAAAGUUAAACUGUUUCACUGAAGUAUUUCCAGAAGGGUUUCCAAACAUUACAAAAGAACAUAUUGUUCUUCACUUUAGAAUUAAUUUCAUGCACUAUUUCCACUACUUACCAAAAUCUUUGCGUCGUGUUGAUUUAAGUAACUGUAACUUACAAGGAAUAGCUAGCCCUAAUCUUUUUCCAAAUUUAACUGUGUUUAAAAUUCAAAACAAUAAAAUGAAAAAAAUAUCAUAUCUCCCAGAUUCAUUAGAGGAAUGUGAUGUUAGUAAAAAUAAAUUACAAACAUUCCCUUUCAAUAGAACAGAACAAAGUUUAAAAUUACUCAAUCUUUCUAGAAAUCAUUUAAAGGAACUGAAUGUGAACACUUCUUAUCUUUUCCUAAAUAAUCUGGAUGUAAGCUAUAAUUUAAUUACAAAACUGCUGGGUGACAUGGCAAAAUGUACACCUGAAUUGAAAUAUCUGAAUCUGUCAGAAAAUAAGAUAUCUUUUCUGCAACCUGGAAUUUUCCCUAAAUCCUUGGUAGAGUUGGAUAUCAGCAACAAUGCCAUUGCCAUCCUUAUGAAAGAAACAUUCCUUCCUUUGACAAACUUGAAAAUUUUAACCGUUCAAGGGAAACAUUAUUUCUGUAACUGUGAAUUAUACUGGUUUGCAAAUACAUACUUUGCUAACCCACAAAUACAAAUAAAUGGCCAAGAAAGCUUUUUUUGUGGUUUUCCACGGAAAAUGAGGGGGCUUUUAUUGCAAAACAAUCAACUAACCAUGUUGCGUUGUUCUCUUGGUCUUCAAAUUGGAAUUACUGUCAUUGUGGUCAUUUUGAUUAUGUCCAUCAUUUCAAUAUUAUGCUGGCAGUUUGAUGGUCCAUGGCAUUUGAAGAUGGGCUGGUAUUGGUGCAAGGCUAAAAGGAAACAAUAUGAGAAGAGACCAGAACACAAAAUAUACGAUGCUUUCAUUUCAUACAGUGAAAAUGAUGCAUCCUGGACCAAAGAGACUCUAUUAAAAAACCUGGAAGCCAGAGGAUUUAAAGUAUGUUAUCAUGAAAGGGAUUUCAUGCCAGGGCAUCCAGUUCUUGGGAACAUUUUUUACUGUAUCGAGAAUAGCCAUAAAGUUCUUUUUGUGCUAUCACCCAGGUUUGUCCACAGUUGUUGGUGCCAAUAUGAGCUGUACUUUGCUGAACACCGGGUUCUCACUGAAAAGCAAGAUUCCCUCAUCAUGGUUAUACUGGAAGAUCUGCCAGCCAACAGCAUUCCAAAGAAAUUCAGCAAGCUUAGAAAACUUUUAAAAAGGAAAACCUACUUGAAAUGGAGUCCUGAAGAACACAAACAAAAGCUUUUCUGGCACCAGUUGACUGCUGUGUUGAAAACUACAAAUGACCCAGUACUAAAAACACAGAGAAAAAGCUGCAUCAGGAAGCAGACAGAUGAAACUGAAUGA